CUAACCAGCUCUUUUUGGUCCAACCUUGGCCCGUUUUUUACACUCGACUAUAGCGACAAAUCUCAGUUCAGGCUGAUGAAGUGAGAUUUGUAUCUCUGGGCCCAACCCAAACGGCCCAAGAGUUCCGCAUCGCCAUUCGCCACCACCAUCACCAUCUCCUCUCCUUCCAUCCUAACCUACCGUCAGGGAAUCACUCUUUCGAAUUUUGCGCCACCGCCGACUGAAACCUUCUCUUUCAAACACCAAUGUCGGCCGGAAACCUUCUAGCCUCCGGCAUGAUGCUGGAGUCGCUCUCUGCGUCCGGUAAGAGCUCCGAGAGGCUAAGCCUUCCGUUACUCCAAUCCAAAAUGAAGAUCGACCCUGAAGGUUACACGACGGAGCUCGGUCUCAUCUACAACCAAUUCAUCUCUGCUCUUGACCUGUUCAAGCAGCAGGCCGCUAUCAGUUUCUCUUCCGGUGCCUGCGCCGACGCCAGCAUCUCUAAGGAGCUCGGUGACCGCACUCUGUUCCUAGCUCACGUCGCGCCGUUCUACGCCAAGCAGCUCUCCCAGUUCCCCCGGCAGCUCGUCGAGUUCCUCAAGUCGUCGGCGCGGUCUCUACCGUUUGGAUUGAGAGCCCACGUUACUCAAGCUCUUAUUCUCCUCGUCAAUCGACAGAUGGUUGAAAUUAGUGAGACUUUGGCAUUGUUUAUGGAGCUUCAAACUGUGGGAGAUAGGAACUUGAGGAAAUUGGCUUUCACCCAUGUCAUUCAAAGUAUUAAGCGCAUGAACAAGAAGCAUAAGAAUGAGACCAAGAAUCGGGCUCUUCAGAAUAUCCUAUUUACAAUGUUACAGCAAGAGGAUGAAGCAUUGGCAAAAAGGGCGCUCAAUACUCUGUGCGAGCUUCAUAGGAGGAAGGUUUGGUUUGAUGAUAGAACAGCAAAUGCAAUUUGCAUGGCUUGUUUCCAUUCUUCAUCAAGAAUCAUGAUUGCCGCUCUGUCGUUUGUACUGGAUUAUGAAAAGAUUCAAGAGGAUGACGACAGUGACUGCGAUGAUUUGAGCAGUGAUGAUGAGGCCAAUCCCCAAAAUGCUCAUAUUGUCAUUAGUAAAGAGGCUGUUUACAAGGCAAAUCAUUCAGGUACUUCAGCUAGUAAGAAGAAAAAGAAAGCAAAGCUGCAGCGUGCCAUUCGUAGCAUGAAAAGGCAGCAGCGGUUGUCUUCUGAGAAAAAUAGUUCGACUUAUUAUUCACCACUUAACCAUCUCAAGGAUGCUCAGGGAUUUGCCGAGAAACUUCUUUCUCGUCUUCAGACUUGCAAUGAGCGUUUUGAGAUUAAGAUGAUGUUGAUGAAAGUUAUUGCUCGUACUAUUGGACUUCACCAUUUGAUUUUGCUGAACUUCUAUCCUUUCCUACAGAGAUAUUGUCAGCCACAUCAGCGUGAGAUCACAAACUUGCUUGCCACAGCUGUUCAGGCCUGUCAUGAUUUGGUGCCUCCUGAUGCGGUUGAACCUUUAUUUAGGCAAAUUGUAAAUCAGUUUAUACACGAUGGUUCCCGUCCAGAGGCAAUUGCUGUUGGACUUAAUGUCAUCAGGGAAAUAUGUGUACGGAUGCCUUUGUUGAUGACUGAAGACUUGCUCCAGGAUCUUGUGUUAUACAAGAAAGAACAUCAGAAGGCCGUUUCUGCUGCUGCUCGUUCACUCAUGGUCUUGUUCAGAGAGGUCUGUCCUUCACUUUUGGUUAAAAAGGAUAGAGGUCGACCAGUAAACCCAAAGGCAAGGCCAAAAGCAUAUGGAGAAAAUCAUGUUGCCUGUGCAGUUCCUGGAACCGAAUUGCUAGAAGGUGAUUAUAAUUCUGAUAGUGAUGAUAAAACUGACGAUGAUAGAGAUGACGAAUCUCAAUUCCAUGGCUCUGAGGAUGAUGAUGAUGGUGUGCCGGCUGCAAGUGACGAAGAGGAAGCAAAUGGUACGGAAGAUGAGGAUGGAGGAAGUGACGACGAAGAUGAUUUACUAAUCGGCUCAGAUGAUGGCGAGAGUGAGAACAGUGUGGAUGAAAAUGACAGUGAUCUUAGCAGUGAUGAAGGAGAUGAUGAAGGAGAUGAAAAUAAUGGUGAUUCUGAGAAAAUGGAUGAUGCAAAUGAUGGUGCUGAAGUAAGCAAUUCGAAGUCAAAUAAGAGAAAGCGAUCUGAUGUGGAUGAAAAACUACUUGCCUCUGUUGACUCGAGUCUCCGAGCUCUAAAAAGAUUGGCAGAAGAGAAGUUUAAACCUCAACAGGACGAAGGAGAAGACGGUAUUCUGUCUAAUGAGGACUUCCGAAGGAUUAAGCAACUGAAGGCCAAGGAGGCGGCGAAACGUGCUUUGGGUCAGCACGGUUUCAAGCAGUCAACCUCUGACCCGACAAAGCCUCUGGACCCUAGCAAGCUCGAGGCUCACAUCCGGCACAAGCUAAACAAGGAACAAAGACUUGCACUGGUGAAAGCCGGAAGGGAAGAUAGGGUUAAGUACCAGUCUCGAACUGCUAUAAAACAGAACAAGACUGGUGGCAUGAGCAAUCGACAGAAGGAGCACAAGAAGAAGAUGCCUCUGGCUGCAAAGAGACACAAGAUAGCCAAGUCUCAAGUGGAGAAGCGGAAGAAGGUCGAUCGCCUCGGUAAACAGUUCCGCGGCAGGAAAGCAUGGAAAUGAGCAUGACAUGUGACAUGAACGAACCUGAGUUUCGUUUCCCUUGCAAAUUUUUGAAAUUUUGGUUCCUCAUUGCAAUGAGCAUCGACUAUUUAUUACGAAAACAGAGUCUUAGUCGGGAUGUCAAUCUGUACAAUUAUGUACCAUGAUCUUCAUUCAGCAUUUUGACAAGUAGGUACCAUGAACUUCAUUCCUAACAUUUUCAAAUGAUAUCUACAAGAAUGGUAUGAAAAAAGUAUAUCUAGGCAUAGUGCUCGCGAGCGCCUAGUUUUGAAUUGCUUAUGAUCGGGCAUUUUCAGAUGGGAUUACAUGCAACCUAUGCCUUUUGUCCGUAUCCGUUCAGUUCAUGUUCUAUCCAUUCUGAUUUUCGUCAUCCCUUCAUACCUAAAAUAGUUCUAACUUCAUGUUGGAUAGUCUGAAAUAAAUAUCACUGAAAUGGAAUGGAAUGGGGUCUGGACUGAUUGUGGCAGACCAAGAUUUCCCUCCUACCAGAAUGUCCAUGGGAACGCUACUACGGGGGCAUUGUCGAGGUCAAUUCACAGACAGACACCAAAGGGAAGGAAGAUAUGGAACAUAAAAGAAUAGCUAGAAAGCCAAAACGUGGAGCCUACAGCCUAAUUAAGUUACACACCAUAACACAGCUGGUUCUGCUUAGUGCUUGCCUACUCUUCUUCUGUCGAAGAAGAGGACGAGGUUGAAUCGACUGCAGUGGUGGUUUGGCCAAAUAUGUCCGGGAUCCCAUCCCAAUCCUUCCUCUCUCUAGCUUCCCAGUACCCACCAGUGUAAUGAUAACAACCCUCCUCGUCUCUCCGAAACCACCUCGGCUGCCAUCCUCUUUCUUGCACCUUCCUUGCCUGCACUUACACGAUAACAAAGCUUAAAACUUGGCACAUUCGCCUUCUUAUACGCGCAACAACCAAAGCAAGAUUUGCAUUGAAUCAACUUGGUUCAGGUGU